AUGUCCUUCCUAUCGAACUACUUCACUGGGCAGCGAGUCGCUCCUCCUAGCAUACUCACGGAUACCAUCAUACCCCUCCACAGCCGCGACGACACGCAUCAGAACAGAAACGUUUCAGUCGAAUUCACCAUGUGUUUUGACGAUGUUCUUGAUGAGCGGAAUCUUGUCGAAGCAUUAUGGAGGUUGCUGGAGAAACCGGGUUGGAGAAAGUUGGGAGCGCGACUGCGCCUCAACACGAGCAACGACAAACUUGAAUACCACAUACCAGCACAUUACACCAAAGAACGCCCGCCAGUCAACUUCACGCAUGUUACUUAUGACAGCAAAUUGAAGGACCAUCCUCUUGGCUGCCAAAUUCCUACUGCAAACGAGCGUAACGACAGUGUCCAGGUCUUCGGCGUUUUAGAGUCGCAACGUGGGGUUAUAACGAGCUUCAAGGAUGCGACACUCGUCACCCUGACUUGGCUACAUACGCUUCUUGAUGCGAUGGGACGACAAACUCUACUAAGAGCCUGGACGGCAGUGUUGGAAGGAAGAGACGAAGAUGUACCGGAGUUUUGGGGUUACGAUUUCGACCCAUUGACGCGGCUUGGAGCUUCUCCCGAUGAGGGCGACCAGGAUGCAGAGGGUUUGAGUGCCGGCACUACGCAAGUGCAAGAGAAAGCGCAAUCUCAGAUCUGGAUGGUGAUGUCAAACUUCAAGACCUGGCUUCCAAGCAGGCUAGACCCCAGAACGACGCUCGCAUACCUCUACUCUCGGUUCUUUAGACCGACAACAACGCAGAACGGCCGUAUGCUCUACAUGCCCCCGGCCUACAUGGCUCGCUUGCGAACUGAAGCAAUGCACGAUCUUGAAUCUCUCGAUGCCUCACAAAUAACCUACAAUACCUCAACGUCUUCCGCACCAAAGCCCUUCCUCUCAGACGGCGACAUCUUCUCAGCAUGGUUAAUCCGCCAUCUCGUUUCCUCCGACACGUCUCUGCUCAACUCACCACCUGCUCGGCCCAUCAUAAUCCUCAAUGUCUUGGGCAUGCGAGACGUAUUAUCUACCUCGACAUCCAAAUACGAGGUCUUGAUUCCAAAAGGAAAAGCGUAUGUUGCAAACUGCACAGGUGGAAUCGUUUCGGCGUUCAGUGUACAGCAGUUUGUCGGUAUGCCGUUGGGUCACGUUGCGGCUCGUAUUCGCAAAGAUCUUGUUGAGCAGGCGAAUAGAGAGGCGGUGGAAGCUUCGCAGCGUGCCAGCCGCAACGGACAGCAAAACCUUACGCCUCCUUCGGAUCCGCAAAUGGGGCCGGCAGCCUACGUGUUCUCAAACUGGGCAAAGGCAACGUUGUUUGAUACAGAUUUCAGCGCUGCUGUCGUCUCUGAUGAUGGUGAUGAGGGUGGGCUGACUAGUAGGCCGACCAGAGGCAAGCCUGUGUAUAUCAGUGUUAACGGUCACGAUAGACGGGUGGACGGUUGGGGUAAAAGCUCAGGGGGCAUUGGUAUGUGUGUUGGUAAGGAUGCUAGGGGUGGGUAUUGGCUUGGAGCGAUCACCCCAGCAAAAGAGUAUGCGGAGGAGUUUGAGAAGACUGUGUUGAGCGAUUUCUAG